ACCUCAGACACAUUCACGCUGUCAGCAGUUGAUCACAGCACACACUGCUGCACAUCAUCACACACACUGUGUUUCACGCACACCUCCUCACACCUUCAUCUCCUGAGUGCAAAUCAUAAAAACUGAAGAUGGGAAAAAUUAAUGGAUGCCUCAAAUGCCUCUUCAUCUUCUUCAAUGUGCUGUUUGCAAUCAUUGGAUGUUUCCUGAUCAUUGGGUUGGUGAAGGUCUCCGCCCUCGGCUUCCAGAUGUCGGAGUUUGGGGGUCCAAGCCUGGGCUGGGCGUGGCUGUUUGUCAUCUGCAGCCUUGGCAUCUCCUGCCUGGGAAUCUACGCAGGCUGCUCAGAGAAAAUCCUCGCCCUGAAAAUAUUUGCAGGAUUCAUGGCGACUGGAUUGAUCAUCACGAUGAUCUUUGGCAUUGUUAUGGUUGUCGCAAGAAACCAGAUCAGAGAUGCCCUUCAGAACUCCGACUCUGAAGCUGUAAAGCCUUUCAUGGAAGACAACGAAAUGAGAAAAGCUCUUGAACACCUGCAGAGCACUGUCGGGUGCUGUGGACUGGUGAGCGCCAGUGACUGGGGUAGAAGAAUCCCUGACUCCUGUGACUGCCAGUCACACGGAAGUCAGAGUAUUCUAACCUUCAUAUCACCUGGCCGUUGUAUACCCAGCCCUCAGGGAACCACGGGCCCAAGCAAAGUUUAUGAAGAGACCUGCGGUGGUUACAUCUAUAUGGUAAUAGACAUCAUCUUCAAGAUCGCCAUGGCUUUCUUCUUUGGAUGUGCUGUUCUUGCACUGCUGGGCCUGAUGGUCUCCCUCCUGAUGAUCUGUCAGGUCAAACGUCAUGACAGCGCAGGGGAGCCCAACAUUGCCAUGAAGAGCUAUUAAAGGGAGCCACCCUUGACCCCUGACAUUCAGCAUCUGCACUGCAGCAAACAUUUAUUCUGUUUUAUUUUGUUUUGCAAAUUAUAUAUCUCUUUCUCGUUAUUUGAAAAAUGUAGUGGUUUUACAUCUGACUUAAGCUCUACAACCCCAAGGAAGUCAUAACACCAGAGUUACCAGUGAUUUUAAAAGCAGUGAAGAUCCUUGUUUACGUCUUAUGUCCUGGUCACAAAAUUCAAAAAGUCAAAUUACUAACACACUUACCAGCCAUGAACAUGCCAGCACUAGUCUGUCAGCAUAGUUCUUCCACCUUAAUGUCUGGCUUGCUAACUGUCAUUUAGCUUUGAGGUUCUAAGGUCAGUUAUCAAGCUGGCUAACUGCUUUGCUAACGGGCUUAUUGAUAAGAUAUUUCUGGAUUUACUUUGUUACUGCAAGUAAAUCCAGUGCCAACUUUAGCUGUUUAAAGAGCUGGUGAGUCAAGUGAGAUUAUCCAAAUCAGUUUUAUUGGCCCAAGACAGAAAUAGUUCCUGGAAUUAUUUAGCUUAACUUGGCACAAAAGCGGGUGGGAAAGUGCCAGCCUAGCUUUGAAGCUGCUCACAAUCUGCACUGAUAACAGCAAGUUUACAUGAUUGCUCUUAGCAUUUCUGCCGAGGCCUGGAGACGCGGGUUCUCCUUCCGUCAGUAAUCUGGACAGUACGUACCAAAUUACCAGUAAAAAUUUCAGAACGUCCUUCGGUCAGAGGAGAACUUAAGCUGUAUGACAGUGAAUCUGCAUAUUUUCCAAACUAUGUGUUUGUCCUUAUAAAGCGCUUAAAUCGUGUGAAAGUGGAACAGUCCAAUGGCUUUCUGUCAGUACGACCAUAACAUUUUUCCAUGUGGUUAAAUGGUAAAUCCUGAUCUGGCCUUUUCAAAAUCAGGAAUAUAAAUCUAUUUUUGUAUGAAGCAGGUAAUAUUGGGAAAAUGGAGAUCAGAGCAACACGUGCGGCACUGAGAACAAAAAUUACAGCAAAUACCUACUAGAAAAAGCAAUGUCUCACCUGUAUUGGUACAAUUAUUGAUGUAGACGCCAAUUUAAGUUUUGUUGAAGACAAAGCCAUGCGACCAAAACAGACAACAAUAAUAACAACAACAACAACUCAUAUAAAAAGGGGCCCAGGAUUUAAACAGAAGACAAAUACUGUGACUGUGACUGUUUUAUUGUGAAAUCUGCAUUCACAUCAUUUUGAAAUAAACUUUAGAGACUGAA